AUGAAGUUUGGGCUUGGCAUUUUAGUUUUAUACUUGACGGUUUAUACGGCUAAGUCAUUAUCAGCCGAUGUCAAUAAUCGUAACAAUUAUAAUGAAAGUAGCGAUGUAAUGGAACAACAAAAGAAAUCCGAUUUACUGCAAAAGGCGAUCGACGUUCCAGAGAUUAAAAUUAAUCUCUUACCAACGACAACCAAGACUACUUCCUCAAUUCUUAACAAGCUAUUGCCUCACGAAUCUCUGAAGAAAGAUGAACUUUCAUUGGGUAUUAAACGAGUUACAUUACUGCCGCCAAUUCCACCGUUUAAUAAUUUCAUAUUUAUGCAACAAGAUAAAUCUGAUGAUAAAACAGAAGAUGUGCAAAGAGCUGAAAUGAUUGAAAUUGAAGUGCCUAUGAUAGGAAAAGAAUAUCAAAGGAGAAUGAGAGAGAGGGCUGACGUUGAUAUAGAAGAUACAAUUACGAAUAAUGCAAUAGCAGAUUCUAAUAAUAAUUAUGUAGAAAUUAAUAUGAUGCCAACAACUUCUACAACGGUGCCUGACACUACCGAGCAAUCAACUUUCAUUCCUGACUUUCAAACCUUCAGAAACAGUGAAACAAAUCCUAAGAGCUAUCACCAAACUUCAUCAUCAUCUUACAGCACCAUCAAUGAUGUAUCGUCUUACAGUACAUUAACUACUACUGACAGCAUUGAAGAUAUGCAUGCAAUAGAAAGCAAGUUAAUGGAUCAAUAUCAUUCAAGUCACAACAGCGAAGAAAAUGUUGAUGAGAGUUUGAUUGACAAAUUAACAUUUGAGAUUCAGGAAGCACAUACCGAUGAGCCAAUCUACACCAGCACGCAUAAGAAACUUCAGCAAAAGUUUCCCUUCAAUGUGAAGGUUGUUGUUAACAAUGAAGAUCAAAAGACAAGCUGUAAAAAUAAGCAGUCAUGCAGUCAAGUGAACUUUUCGAAGAAACCUCUCGACAUUGACCAAGAAUACUAUAAAGAUGACUCUGACGAAGAUAUAUUUUUUAAAAAUGAACUAGAUAUGUACAAUGAGAAGCCCAAUCAACUAAAAUCACGCCGUGCUGCAGAUGAUGGAUUUUAUAGUCCAUUCAAUCCAUUAAAUACAUUCAAUGGUUUUUCCUUGACACCAGCCCCUCGAUUUAGUGGAAUUAAUAAUAAUUUUAGGAUGCCAAAUAUGCCAGUUAUGAACAGAAAGCCAUCGUUUCUUGAAAGGUUAGAAAACGAAUCAAGUUUAGAGAAAUCCGAAAGAGUUAACAAAGACCUGAAUAAUUUGAUGAAAUUCGUCGCAGUAUGGGCUCAUGUGGAUAAAUUUGUGUCUGAGAGAGCACGCACCGCCAUCAAAAAAUUGGCAUAUAUGACUGAUGAGGAUUAUGUAGAUAAUUUCAUAGUCGGAUCUCGGAAAAGAGUUGACAACAAUCUUAACACUAUUGCCAAAAAUGCGGAUGAACCUUUUACAUGACUAAAGGCGAAUGAAAUGAUAUUUAGACGAAAUAUAGCCAAAAGUAUUUUUAAGACAUCUGUCAAUUUUAGACAAUUAAAUGUUAAGUUUAUGAAAAAUAUGUUUUUGCAAUAUUUGGAAGCUGUAGUUGAAAAUUAAUAAAAUCAAUCCAUAAAAGCUCAAACUUU